AUGGCAGGAACAAAUGGUGUUGAAGGUGCUCAGUCUCUAGUGAUUGCUAUAUCCCUAGCAGUGAACGAUCUGUUGCAGCUUCAACUAAACCCAGCACGCGCUAAAGCACACUCAAACUCGCUAUAUUUCCUUAUUCCGUUUAUUGGCGUCACUAUAGGAUAUCUUCGACAUAAUUGUGUCGAUAGGUAUCCCGCAAGAGUUUUUGGCGGGGACACGUUUACCUAUUUUGCCGGAAUGAUUUUUGCUGUUGUGGGAGCUUUAAGCAAUCUUAGCAAGACUGUCUUGUUGUUUAUGAUUCCUCAAAUCUUCAAUUUUCUGUAUUCAUGCCCACAGCUAUUUCAUUUCGUCGACUGUCCUCGACAUCGGAUGCCACGGUUUGAUGAAAAAACAGGCAAGGUUUAUGCACGAAGGUUUUUACUAGCGAAUAGUAAAUUUCUUGGUCGACUUAUGGUUCGGUUUCUUGAAAUGAUUGGUUUAGCCGAUGUAGGCAGAGACAAGCACGGAAACAUGGUGGACUGCAACAAUCUCACAAUCAUAAGCAUUAUUCUUGUUCGAUGUGGGCCAAUGAGCGAGCGUAAUUUGGCAGUAGUGGUGGUGUUUGUUCAAGUCGUAUGUAGUCUAGUUGCAUUUUUUAUCCGCUAUGCGUUGGUGCAUAUCGUAUAUAAUUAG